AUGGAUUCAUCAUACACUCCAAUUCCAGGAGAUGAGAAGCCUUUCGAAGAAAAUGUAUCAAUCCGUCUUUCUAGUGCACCAGUAGAUCUCUCCAUUUCAGAGUUUUCAGAGGCCUCAGCCGCUGUAAAAUAUGAAUCACCAUUUUCAGCCGUCAUGAACUUACUCAACUCACUUGUAGGUGCUGAAAUCCUCAGUAUUUCUCACUCAAUGAGAUACUGCGGACUUUACGUCUCCGUUGGUCUUAUGACAUUGACAGCCAUUCUUUCUUAUGUUGCCACAAUUUUGACAGUUAAACUCCAGCACAAGACAAAAGCUGAGUCCCUCCACGAUUUGGCUGUUCACAUUCUCGGAUCUAAGGGUUCAUUUGCUCUUUCAAUUCUUACACUUCUCUUCACCUACUCAUGCUGCGUCGCCUACUUGAUUAUUGGUGGCAACAACAUUGCAUCAUGGUUCGUACUUCUCAAGCAUCCAGAAUGGAACUCUGGAUGGCGUAGAUAUUUUGUCAUCUUAAUUUAUGCUAUCAUUCUUCCAGUUGCCCUUACAAUUUCAAAGAAGAUGACAUUCCUUUCAAUGUUUUCUACCUUCUCCAUCUUCUGUUUGGGUUGCUACGCUGUUGUCGUUGUUAUGAAAACAUUAUCAUACCUUCCAUCGCAUGGCUUCAGCAAAGCAGCUAAAGCUUAUGACCUUAACCUUGGUUUCUUCAACGCUUUGGCCAUUUAUUCCCUUAUGUUCGCUUUACCCGCAAUUAUUCUUCCAAUUCUCAAGCCAACAAAGCCAGAUACAAGACACAGAUUCAGAAUCAUCGGUUCUGCUUUCGGUUCAUGCUAUUUGUUCGUUCUUAUCCCAGGCGUUCUCGGAUAUCUCAGAUUUGGCAAUGACAUCAGCGAUAUCAUCCUUGAAUCCUUCGACGUUAAAGAUCCAAUCAUUCAGGCUGUCCGUAUUGCUUUCUUCAUCGUUGUUACAGCAUCUUAUCCAGUUAUCGCCCUUUCCAUCACAGCUGACCUUUCUGCUCUCAUCUUCCACGUUAACAACCCCAACAACCUUUCUACAAAGCAGCGCGUAAUCGUUCUUAUUUGCGCAAAUGUUCCUCCAGUUAUUAUUGCCUGCGUUUGUCCAAAUAUUUCACCAGUUCUUGCAAUUGGUGGAUCUCUCGGUGGCUGCCUUACAAACUUCUUCUUCCCUGCCAUUCUUUGGCUCAAGGAUUCUUCACAGAAACUUACUCACUGGUCAAACAUCCUUUGCGCAUGUUUCGCUAUCUUUGGUUUAGGUUCUGCUUGCAUUGCAACAUAUAGAGCUGUCGUUGUUGCAAUUAACCCUCACGCUAGUGAAUAA